AUGACGUUCGAGGCCCGCGACAGCGCGGCCAAGGUGACGCCCGCGCGCUUCAAGUUGAACAACAACCACGGCAGCGGGGGCGGCAGCGCGGCGCACAGCCGCAAGGCGAGCCCGGUGCCGGGCGGGGCGGUGGCGGCCGGCGCGCACGCCGCCGUCGCCCGCACCGACAGCCGGCGCUCGGCGGGCUGCCAGACGCGCUUCCCGGCCGAGGCGCACCCCGCGCUCUUCCGCACGGCCAGCGGCGGCCCCGCCGCGCCCUCGCCCGCAGGCAGCGAAGCCCUGAGCCGCAGUGCGCUCACGGCGGCCUUCCUCAACUUCUCACGCGCGCUGCAUCACAAACAGCUGUCUGUGGAAUCGUCGUCGUCGCACCGGCGGCUGGCCAGCUCCCCGGUGGCGGCGCCGCUCGCCAAGAGCCCCUCGGCGCCCGACCUGCCGCUGGCGGGGCGCGUGGCGUGGAGCCCCGCGGGGCGGCGGCCGGCGGCGCUGCGCGGUGCGGCCGCGGCGGCGGCCGGCGGCGGCGACGUCGGGGCAACGCCCACGCCCCGCGCACGGCGGCGCCGCCUCGCCGCUGCCUCCGGGCGGGCUCAGCCGCGUGAGCUCGCCCGCGCGGCACGUGGCUCGCCCGCAGGCGGCGGCAUGGGAGUGGCGGCGGGGGCGGGGCGGCGGCGGCGGCGGGGCGGGCAGCGCGGCGGGGCGCCGCGCCAUGGCCGCGCGGCUGCUCCUUGCUGUCGCCUCAGCCUCCUCCCGCGCCAGGCGCUCUCCGUGGACUGCUACUCGCCCCGGCGCCGCCCUCCGCGCACGCCACGGCGCCACGCGCUCGCCGCCGCAGCAGGACUCCUGGAGCCUUCGCGGGCGUCCGGCUCGCGCCGCGGCUCCCAGUGUGCGCGCGGCGCGCCGCCUAGCGCCCACCAAUUCACUCGCCAUGAUUUGACCCAUAUGUAA